UGUAGAAUAUGGCGACACCGGGCCGGAGCAGACUACAAACUGAAAUUUUGAAUUUAUACCGACAAAGACACAUUUUAAAAAGACAACUUUCUACGUUACGCACACAGAUAACCAAAUAUCCAAACAAUUUAGAAAGGACCAGAAUAGAUAGCUGUCAUUUGUGUAUGAAACCAUUAACAUGUAGUCAGACCGUACCACUAAGAUGCAGCAGUGCAGUGAUAGCUAAUCACAAAACCAACCCUUUCAGCUUAGUCGAGACAGAAGUGUCAACUUUAUGUGAUAAAAUCAAACAAAAGUUUGUAUCAGAAAAAGAUGAAUUGAAAGACAUAGCAGAUUAUUAUUUUGAUGGGAAAGGCAAAUUUUUUCGCCCAAUGGUUGCCUUAUUAAUGGCCAAAGCUGUAAAUUUUCACAAUACCUCAGAGGACAGUAUAUGGUCAUCGCAAGAAGAAAUAGCUAUGAUUGCAGAAAUAAUACACACAGCAAGUCUUAUCCACGAUGAUGUUAUUGAUGGUUCCAACACAAGAAGAGGAAAACCAACAGUUGACAGUGUAUGGGGACAGAAAAAGGCAAUAUUAGCUGGAGAUUACUUACUAUCUGUAUCCUCUGUGGCAUUAGCUAGACUUGGAAAUACUGAAGUAGUAGCAGUUUUAUCUCAGGUUAUAGAAGAUCUAGUCAGGGGUGAAUUCAUGCAGAUGGGCUCUAAAGAAAAUGAAAACGACAGAUUUAAUCACUACCUCAAAAAAACUUUUAAGAAGACAGCCAGUCUACUAGCUAACAGUUGUAAAGCUGUCUCUAUUUUAGGAAAUUCAAAUGAGGAUAUAACAGAUGUAGCUUUUGAGUAUGGAAAAAAUGUUGGAAUAGCUUUCCAGUUAAUAGAUGAUUUAUUAGACUUUACAUCCUGUGAAGAAGUAAUGGGUAAACCUACUGCUGCUGAUCUCAGAUUAGGCCUGGCCACGGCACCAGUAUUAUUUGCUGCUCAGGAUUAUCCAGAACUCAAUCCUAUGAUCAUGAGACGAUUUAAUGAAGAAGGAGAUAUAGAAUGGGCCAGAAAACUUGUAGCUAAGAGUGAUGGUGUAACACAGACCAGAAUGUUAGCAGAGGAGCAUAGUAAAGAAGCAAUUAGACAAAUUAGGACAUUAAAACAAUCUAUACCUAGGGAUUCAUUAGAACAAUUAGCUGUUAUAUUACUACAGAGACAAAAAUAGGUCUUCUAGGAUUUAAUAAUAUUUUUUAUAUGCAACCAAAUGUCGUGUUUUAUUAUGUCAGUGGCAUUGAAAUGAGGUUUUUAGUCAAAGAGAGCUACAGGAAUUUUUCUACACAAAAUUGAAAAAUUCUGUUGCAAGUGAGAUGCUUAUUAGUUCCUUAAUUUUGGCAAUAUUUGAAUAUAUUAUUUAUAUGAAAUUUUAUAUUUUUUGUAAUAUUUGUAUCACAUUCAAUACAACAUAAUAUUGAAAUUGACAUAGUUGUCAGUUCCUAAAAACUUUACAAAUAGGAAUCUCUCCUUUUGUAUCUUUUUUGCCUUUCAUUGAUUCAAUUUUGCAAAGUUUGUCAAUGUUAUAAAAAUUCUUUUACUCAGUAAUCCAGUACUUAAAACAAAUUAUUAUUUGAAAAAAAAAGAAUACAUACAAAAUUACAAAAAUUGAUUUAAGUCUUUUUCAAUAAUUAGAUGGUGAAAGGGGAAAUAAAUGUUUUAGAGAAUUUUAUUUUAUUUGCAAAUAAUUUUUUUACCUUAAUUAAUCCACUUGACUUUACAAAAUGGUAAAUUUUCAAAUCUAACCAUAUGAAUGGAGCUGCUCUUCACUACCCAGAAUAUUUUCAUCUAUGCUUUUUAUUAUUUAUUCUCACUUUUUUAUUAAAAAAAAAUAUAUAAAUAAUCUCGCAAAGAUUUUUAUUUAAAAUAAAUUUGGUCAAUUAAUUCUGAAUUUACAAUUAUUUGAAUGUGAAAAAAGAUACGUCUAGUUAAUUUUACCUCGAAAAGCUCAAAUAUUCAAAUUCUUUUACUGCACUGCCACUGAAAAUCUUAAAAUAUAUUGAUAUCUUUGUUUUUGUUUUUUUAAUUGUGUGCCUAAUAUAGAAUAUAGCGAUAAUACCAUCAGUAUAUAUGUCUUUUUUCUUGGAAAACAAAAGUUACAUCAGCAGCAGUUUGUUAUCCGUUGUAGGGUAUAACUUGUAAUGUUAUAAGUUUCUUUUUCUUCUCUUUUUGGGUUCUAUAAAAAUUGAUGAAUUAUUGUUUGAACAUUUUCUACUUGCACAGUCUAAGCUACUUCAGAUGAUUUUAAGAAUACCUUAAAGACCAAAAAUUUCAACUUAAAAUAUAAAUUUAAAGAUAAAAAACAGAAAUAUUCCGCUUCAAUUUGCCAAUUUGAAAAAUAUCUGACAACACAACUAUUAACAAUUAAAAUAUUUGUAAAAUGAAUUUGGGAGAGCUAUGUUUGAAAUAACAUAAUGAAAAAUGAAUGGUUUUGUUUUGUUAACCCUUUCCUCCAUAAUGACACCUUUUGACGCCACCCCCCUUACUCCAUAAUGACGCCUUUUAACGCCUGUGUAGUACCUCAGUUGAAAAACUUUGACUGCAAAGUGUCUGCAGUUGACUUAAUAAAAUUGGUAUCCAAUAUGAAAAGGAAUAUCAUAGGAGUAUCCGACUUACAGUUAUUUGAUAAAAUAGUUGUUUUUCGCAAUGCCUUAAUACUUUAAAGCAUAUGUUCAGCAUUUUAUCAAAAAAAUCCUAUGCGAAUCAAGUAUGCAAAAAAAAAAAUUCAAUGGAGGAAAGGGUUAAUGUACUACAGAUAUCCUGCCUUUUAAAGGGAACUUAUGUUAGAUAGUAAAAAGGAAGAAGGGUGUGGUUACUAUUAUUUAAUAUUGAAAUGAACUCUGAUAUGAUGCAGGCAUCUUAUUUUUAUAACAAAAUAGACCAAGAAUUGUCAUAAAAAUUUUAGAAACAUUCAUUGUUGAACUCAUUUCUCUUAGUUAAGGAAUGCAUUUUGUUUCUAAAACUACAUGAUUUUGAUGUUUUUUAAUUAUUUAUUCAGAUUCAAGCUACAUUUUUCAGUAUUGUGUGAAAUAUCAUGAACUAUUUGAUCAAAAAACAAUUGUCAUUGAUUUGGGUUUGAAGAAUUUUUUUAAGGAAUCAUAUCUCAAUGUAAUGUUUAAAUAUUUUCUCACUAAUGACUGAUCUGAAUUACAAACAGAAAAUUUAUAGAAAAAAAUUAUGUGCAAACCCAAUUUGAAAGAUUAUCAGAAAACAGUAAUUGAGCCUAUUUGUUUUAAAGCAAUGCAAAUACCAAACCGUUUAAUAUUAAGGCUUGACAAAACAUUUGUAGGGACUAAUAUGACUAUCAAUUUUAUAAGUGGCAGAUCAAGGGUGCAAGGAAAGUGGAGGGUAAUGGAGGAAAUCACUGAUUGUAACAAAGCCAAAUUAUUGUUUUUGACUAUUUGGGGUUUUUGUUGAGCCUGCAACUUUUGUUGCAGAAAGCUCGACAUAGGGAUAGUGAUCCGGCAGCGGUGUUAGCUCACUUCUUAAAAGCUUUAUAUUUUAGAAGGUGGAAGACUUGGAUGCUUCAUACUUUGUAUAUAGAUGCUUCAUGUUACGAAGUUUCCAUCAGUCACAUGUCCAAUGUCCUUGACCUCUUUUUCAUUGUUCAGUGACCACUUGAAAAAAAAGUUCAGAUUUUUUGUAAUGUUGAAUUCUCUCUUAUUAUAAGUAAAUAGGAUAACUAUAUUUGAUAUGUGCGUACCUUGCAAGGUCCUCAUGUCUGUCAGACAGUUUUCACUUGACCUUGACCUCAUUUCAUGGAUCAGUGAACAAGGUUAAGUUUUGGUGGUUAAGUCCAUAUCUCAGAUACUAUAAGCAAUAGGUCUUGUAUAUUCGGUGUAUGGAAGGACUGUAAGGUGUACAUGUCCAACUGGCAGGUGUCAUCUGACCUUGACCUCAUUUUUAUGGUUCAGUGGUUAUAGUUAAGUUUUUGUGUUUUGGUGUGUUUUUCUCAUACUAAAUGCAACAGGUCUACUAUAUUUGUUGUAUGGAAUGAUUGUAAGGUGUACAUGUAUCGGGCAGAUGUCAUGUGACCUUGACCUCAUUUUCAUGGUUCAGUGGUCAAUGUUAAGUUUUUGAGUUUUGGUCUUUUUAUCUAAUACUAUAGGCCAUAGGUCAACUAUAUUUGGUGUAUGGAAAUAUUUAAUGAUCUUUAUGUCAGUCCUGCAGGUUUUAUUUGACCAUGACCUCAUUUUCAUGGUUCAUUGCACAGUGUUAAGUUUUUGUGUUUUGGUCUAUUUUUCUUCAACUAAUAAUAAUAGGUCAACUAUAUAUGUUGUAUAGAAGCAUUGUUAGCUGUACAUGUCUGCCUGGCAUGGUUCAUCUGACCUUAACCUCAUUUUCGAGGUUCAUUGGUCUUUGUGUAGUUAUCUUGAUUAAUGAUAAGUUUAUGUGACAGUUGUAAUAAAGCUUUAUACUUAGGACUUUCAACAUAAUAUUAAUGAUUAGAACAGAAGGCGAGACAUUUCAGCGUGUGCACUCUUGUUUUAUCAAUAGGGGGAGGCACAUGGUACCAUACUCCUCUUUGACACCCUUAGAUCUCCACAAACUAUUGCUAAAAAAAUGAACAAUAUCGCUGUUAUUAUAUACCAUGAAAACUGUUUUGAUGAAUGUUAUAAAUUUAUAAAUGUCAAUACCGGUAUAUAGGUCUAUUAAACUCUCAAAGAGAUGGUAUUGAUGAGA